GGGGACAUGUAAGGGACUCCUUUUUAAAAAAAGUCUCACUUAGUACAACUCUUUAUAGUUUAUUCUUUUGACCACACCUCUACAAACGUUUCUCUUUCUCAAUUUCAUGAUAAAAAAUAAAAAACUUUUAUUCUUCUCUCUCAAUUCACGAGAAUUGCCUUAGCGAUUACAUUGUUCGAGCAGCUUCUCUGUCACUCUCUCUCGAAUUUUGCAGAAAGAAAUGGCAAAUUUACAUAGUAACUUUAACCAGAAUAUCGAUUACGUAUUCAAGAUUGUGUUGAUUGGAGACUCCGCAGUGGGUAAGUCCCAACUUCUGGCUCGUUUUGCUCGAAAUGAGUUCAGUCUGGAUUCGAAAGCAACUAUUGGUGUUGAGUUCCUGACCCGUACGCUUAUGGUCGAUCACAAGAACAUCAAGGCCCAAAUAUGGGAUACAGCUGGGCAAGAGAGAUACCGAGCAGUGACAAGUGCAUACUAUAGAGGUGCAGUUGGGGCAAUGCUGGUCUAUGACAUAACCAAGCGGCAAACAUUUGAUCACGUGGCACGAUGGUUAGAGGAAUUGCGGGGACACGCCGACAAAAAUAUUGUCAUUAUGCUAGUAGGAAACAAGUCUGACCUUGGGACACUUCGGGCAGUACCCACUGAGGAUGCAAAAGAGUUUGCCCAAAGGGAGAGCCUAUUCUUUAUGGAGACAUCAGCACUUGAGUCUAUUAAUGUUGAAUCAGCAUUUCUCACAGUCUUGACUGAAAUUUAUAGGGUUGUUAGCAAAAAGGCCUUAAUAGCCAAUGAUGAGCAGGAGCCUGCAGGUAGUUCAUCACUUCUGAAGGGUACAAAACUUGUUGUUCCUGGACAAGAACCAACACCUGUUGUUGGGAGCUAUAGCUGUUGCAAGUAUUCAUAGAAUUAUAUUCUUAUACUGCUGUCACUUGGAUUUCUAACGUUUAUAGUUCUGGUAAGUGCCUUUAGUCUUUUCAGAAAUUUAUCGUUUCAUUGUAUUGUAUUUUUGAUUUUGCUGUUUGAUAAUCUUUGAAACUUUCAUGUUUCAGAAAACCACGUAUAUAUUGAUGCAGGAUUCAAGGUAUUCAGUUUAUCAUCUUGUAAGAGGCUAUUAGAAUGUUUUGUAUGGAAACUUACAAUAAUGCAAUAAAUUUUGCAUAUACAUUUUUUUUUGAGCCAA